AAGAUAAUAAUGGAGUAAGAAAUGGGCUUCUGGUGAGGUUUCUGUUGUUUUUCAUUUAUAGAUCAUGGAAGCCAACUACAAGUGCUUAAUUCAGUUAAUGACGUCGAUGACACUGAAGUAGCAUUUCUUAGAAUGGGCAAAAGAAAAUGUACAGACACGCCCGCGAAAAAUUCGACACAGAACAACUCCACAAAAGACUUUGUAACAGAAUGUAGGGUUAUAAUAAAAAGCAAUGAUGAACUUACAAGGCACAAUACGAGUACUCCAAAUACACAGACGUUCAUGUGUAGACUGUUUCCCCAUGUUUUACCAAAAUUGUGCCGGACUGGGUAACCAUUAUGUACACACUGCACACUUAACAUAUGCAUGUAUACAUUACAUGCAUGUACUACCAAUGCAUAUAUUUAAGAAAAUAUGUUGCUGACAAUGACAUUUACCUUACUAAAAUAGGUUUAGAAGCAAAAAUGUCAACAUUUCAAAGAUAGUCAUUUCUCCAAGUUUGAUUUCAGUUUCAUUUGAAACCAAAAUGGUUUCAGUUUCAUUUUAACGGCCGAAAUAAAGAGUGGGAUAUUUUUCAACAGUAAAGUAGUCCCCUUAAUUUAAAUAUUCAAUCGAAACGAGUCAACGAGCGAACGAGUCAAAUCGAAGUUUGAAUGGCGAAUCGAUAAAAAUGUCAAAACAAACCAUCAACAAAACCCAAAUACAAAAUGCUACUGCAACCAAUGAUUUACAGACGGAGAAAAACUAUUUUAUGGACAUUGAAUCUCAAGAAUCAGGAGGUGAGACAGGACAGGAUAACCACGUUUUUAGUAUAAAAAGAAUUUGGAAGGCAGUGCUUGUACUUGGUGCUAUUGGUGUCGUCGCUGGUACUGCGAUAGUAGUAGUUGUUCAUAAUCGUGAAGAGCUAAAAGGAAUACAGUUGAAGAACAAUGAUGACUUUGACGAUGCUGAGGUAAUAUACAAUUCCACAAUCCUCCAAGAUGGUGUUACAGAUGACAGCAGGCCUACCAAUACCGUGAUGCCACAGACUAACGAACGACACGUUACAAAUUAUACAAAGACUAAUGACUUUUUGUGCAAAUUUGUUCCUUACAUAUUACCAAAACUUUGUGACUUUGCCUAA